UCUCGAUGUUACUAAGAGGUCGUUGAAUGAUGCCUUGACUGAAGGUAAGUGGCCCCAGCAUGCAGAGAGAAAGAAGACCAUUCCGCUUAUACAUUCACAGUUGAAGUUGCCAACCGGGAGAGUAUCGACCUAAUAACCGAAGUCAAAGCGAAUAACUCGUCGGAAUUGGUCAAGGCCCGCGAUGAUGCGGACGAUGCCAUGCGCAGAGUAUCCAUUCUUCAGGCCGAGCUUGACUCGACCCAAGCUUUAGUGCAGGUAACAUGCGCUGAACGGGAUGAUCUCCGAAAUCUGCUUGAGAAGAAGCAGGCGGAAUUCCGGGCGGAGGAUCAAGAAGCUGCGGAGGAAAUGAAGAAGCUGCUUGCCGAACUCACCGCACAGGAGAACACGGAUGAUCCAGAGGCUGUUCAAAAGUCCGCCGUGGAACUCACAAGACAAGUCGCCGCUCAGAUUGAAAAGAAUCUGGAAAGGCUGGCGAAGCGCGCAGAGUACAUCCAUCAACAGAAUGAACACAUCAAGUUCCUCCAGGAGCGCAUAAGACAAGCUGAGGAAGACACAGAUGAAGGAAUCAGCAAAGAGCGCGAACUCGAGCUUCAGAAGGUAAUCGAUGCCCAAGCGCGCGAGCUGGCUCUGAUGAGUUCCUCUUGGUACGAACUCCAGAGUCGAUUACAAAAUAACAACAUCAGCAUGUCUAGAUAUCGCCACGGGUCCCUCGCCGAUGCCCAGAAGGGCUGGUUGGCCAGGCAGAGAAACGUGGUCGCUGGUCGAUAAAGCUGGACCAUCUUGUAUAUAGGGAUAUGGCUACCUUUUCUUUUCUUCGUACAUGUCGUUGUAAUGCCUAUUUCCCCCCUCCCCCUCUUUUCCGGCCGUUCUGCCCCCCCUGCUGUCUCUAUAUAGUUACCUAGGUUGCUGUUCUUAUACCUUUGCACAUACAUACUCCUGCGCCGCACUAUACCAGCAUUUUGCGGCUCGGUUAUCCGGUUUGCU